AUGGCGGCGCCCGCGGCGGGCCCGGCGCUGCCGGUCCCGGUUCUGCGCGUCGUGGCCGAGUGCGGGCGGAGCCGCGCCCGGGCCGGGGAGCUGCGGCUGCCGCACGGGACCGUGCCGUGCCCCGUGUUCAUGCCCGUGGGCACCCGCGGCACCGCCAAGGGCCUGACGGCCGCGCAGCUGGCCGCGCUCGGCUGCCGCAUCUGCCUGGGCAACACGUUCCACCUGGGCACGCGGCCGGGCGCGGAGCUGGUCCAACGUUCCGGGGGCCUGCACGGCUUCAUGGACUGGCCCCACAACCUGCUGACGGACAGCGGCGGGUUCCAGAUGGUUUCCCUGCUGGAGCUGUCGGAGGUGUCGGAGGAGGGGGUUCGGUUCCAGCCCCCCCACGGCGGGGAGCAGAUCCUGCUGAGCCCGGAGAAAUCCAUGGAGAUCCAGAACGCGCUGGGGGCCGAUAUCGUGAUGCAGUUGGACGAUGUCGUGAGCAGCACCACGACGGGGCCGCGCGUGGAGGAGGCCAUGCACAGGUCGGUUCGCUGGCUGGAUCGCUGCCUGGCCGCUCACUCCCGUCCCCAGCAGCAGCUGCUCUUCGCCAUCGUGCAGGGGGGGCUGGACCUGGAGCUGCGGCGGCGCUGCAUCCAAGCCAUGACCCAGCGGGACGUGCCCGGCUUUGCCAUCGGGGGCCUGAGCGGGGGCGAGGACAAGGCUCAGUUCUGGCGCACGGUGAAGUUCAGCGCCGAGCUCCUGCCCAGGGACAAACCUCGCUACCUGAUGGGCGUGGGUUACGCCACGGACCUGGUGGUGUGCGUGGCGCUGGGCUGCGACAUGUUCGACUGCGUGUUCCCCACCCGCACUGCGCGUUUCGGCUCCGCCCUGGUGCCCUGGGGCUCCCUGCAGCUGAAGAAUCGCCAAUUCGCCAAAGAUUUCCGCCCCAUCGACGCCGACUGCGGCUGCCCCACCUGCCAGAGGUAUUCCCGGGCGUACCUGCACGCGCUGCUGCGCUCCAACACGGCGGCGCUGCACCUGCUGACCCUGCACAACAUCGCCUACCAGAUGAAGCUGAUGGGAUCCAUCAGGGAGAGCAUCGUGCAGCGGCGCUUCCCCGAGUUCGUGCGCGAGUUCAUGGAGAGGAUGUACGGGGGGAGGGGGGGAGCCCCCCCCUGGGCACGGGAGGCUCUGGGGUCUGUGGGGAUCCUCCUGGAUUGAGGGGGGACCCCCAGAGUGAGGGGAGCCCCCCCAGAUUCAGGAGAGCCCCCCCAAAGU